AUGUUUGUCGCAGCUAUUCUUACACCAAAGUGGUACAUUAGUUCAGAAAAAAACAUAAAUAUAAAUAUUUUUCAAAUAUGCACAAAUUCAUCAUCAUCACAAUCUUGUCAAUGGGUUUUCUGCUCACAAUUAAAUAAUUCAUUACUUGAAGCAAUAAACAUGAUAUAUCCAAUUCUUGUUGCCUCAUUUUCGAUUGCUUGUGUCGGUAUUAGUUUUAUUGGUCUUUUACUUGGUUCUUGGUAUAUAGAACGACAUGCACGUAAUAUUGAUUCAAGAUGGUUACUUAUGUUGACUCUGGUUGCUACUCUAGGCAGUUUUUUAUUCGCAACCACUGUUUGGACAAUGAUGUUAACAACAAACUCACAACAAAAAAUGUUCAAAAUUAAUGAUAUUCGUCUAAAAGAUUUUGGUUCAUCAUUUUGGAUCAAUUUGGGAUCAUCUGGGGUAUAUUUAUAUGCAUUUCUUAUUUAUCUAGUUGCUAUUUGCAAGAGCUGA